AUGCUUUCCCGGAUCUCCCAAGUGGCCUGUUUGGCCCUCCCACUUUUGACCGCUGGUGCUUCAGCUGCAAGUCUUCUACGGUCUCGUGCAAGUGCCACUGCCGAUAAAAUCCGCGGAGUCAACCUCGGUGGCUGGUUUGUCCUCGAGCCUUGGAUUACCCCGUCACUAUUCGAUGAAGCUGGUGACGAGGCCGUCGACGAGUACACCUUGACAAAAAUUCUAGGCUCGGAGAAAGCUGCAGCCAUUCUGUCCGAUCAUUGGAGCACUUUCAUCACCGAGGAAGACUUCUCGCUCAUUUCUCAAGCAGGCCUGAACUAUGUCAGGAUCCCCAUAGGUUACUGGGCGGCUGCUCCCCUUGACGGAGAGCCUUAUGUCCACGGUCAACUUGAGCACCUUGAUAGUGCCGUUGCCUGGGCCAGAGCUCACAAUCUCAAGAUUAUUUUGGAUCUGCAUGGCGCACCGGGCUCGCAGAACGGAUUCGACAACAGUGGACGCAGAGGGCCUAUCGGAUGGCAAAAAGGAAACACCGUACCACAAACCCUCCUGGCUUUUGAGGUCUUGGCCCAAAGGUAUCUACCCGAUGAUGACAUUGUAACGGUCAUUGAGGCUCUGAAUGAGCCUCACAUCCCUGGCGGCAUUAACCAGGACCAACUCAAAGAAUACUACCAAGAAACCAUGACAAGAGUGCGGAGGAACAGCCCCGAGGCGACCUUGCUAUUCCAUGACGGGUUCUUACAAACGGAAAGCUGGAAUGGCUUCAUGACCGGAGAGAACGUUAUGGUAGACACCCAUCACUACGAAGUUUUCGAAAGUGGCCAGAAUGGAUGGAGCAUUGACAAGCACAUUGAUGCCGCUUGCCAACUCGGCCGUCAGCAUCUCCAGGCUGUCGACAAGCCCGUUAUCGUGGGUGAGUGGACAGGAGCUCUCACUGAUUGUACGAAAUACCUGAACGGCAAGGGCAUCGGGGUUCGCUACGACGGUUCGCUUGCCGGGCAAGCAGCAGUCGGCCCUUGUGGAAGUAAAAGUGCCGGUAGCGUGGCUGGCUUGAGCCCAGAUGAGAUCGUGAGCACACGCCGCUAUAUUGAGGCUCAACUGGAUGCAUAUGAGCUGAGAAAUGGUUGGGUGUUUUGGACUUGGAAGACCGAAGGAGCUCCUGGUUGGGAUAUGCACGAUUUACUCGUGAACGGCGUUUUCCCUCAACCUUUGAGUGACCGAGAGUUCCCCAACCAGUGCAAGUUUUGA